AUGCUGUUGAAAACAUCUGUUUUGUAUCUUUUGCUCACCUCUGUGAUGGCUCUGCCUGUCUUUGACAAGCGUGAAGCUGACCAGGGCAAGACCGUCACCAUCACCUCGGACGGCAAGGCGUACACUUAUCUGGAGAAUGUUUAUACCAGCACCGAUUCUCCGGACCAGACCAUCACUGGACAAGUGACAUACACCACGUCGUACGAGGUUGCGGUGAGCCAGACCGACGAGGCCAGUCCGUCAAGCCAGACGAGUGAGACGAGUGAGACCACCGAGACCAGUUCCAGCAGCUCUAGCAGCUCUAGCAGUUCGACGAGCCAGACCGUGCAGAACGCCAAAGCUACCAUCACAGGGGACCUGGUCAUGACGUCGAAUGUGGAGAGUCUUUCGUCGAGUACGUCCACGACAGGCUCGAGCUCCACCACGUCCGCGUCCUCGUCGUCCUCUUCCACCACGUCCAGCUCCUCGAGCUCGUCCACCCCGUCGGUCACGUCGUUCACUCCGUCCGCUUUUGCGUCGUACACCCCCUACGCGACCGAGACCGCAGAUGGAACCUGUUUCGUCUACUACGAAGACCAGGCAUCCGGUGACGACUCCUCAGAUACUCCAACAACCACCCAAACUUUGACUGUCACCGUUGCUACCGUGACACUAAGCACCACUGUGUAA